CUCAAGGCAUGGCCCAGCUGGCCCUGUACCUCUUCACCCUUACCCCCAUCCUCCUCAGCCUGGCAGCAUCCCUGGACUGGAAGGGGGCCUCCAGCCAGGAGCCCUUUGAGAGAUGUAUGCAUGACCCUGACUACGAUCUGCUGCUCAAGGUGGUGACCUUAGGCCUCAACCGGACCUUGAAGCCCCAGAAGGUGAUUGUGGUUGGUGCUGGUGUGGCCGGGCUGGUGGCUGCCAAAGUGCUCAGCGAUGCUGGACACAAGGUCACAAUCCUGGAGGCAGAUAACAGGAUUGGAGGCCGCAUCUUCACCUUCCGGGACCGGAAGACAGGCUGGAUUGCGGAACUGGGAGCCAUGCGCAUGCCCAGCUCCCACAGGAUCCUCCAUGAGCUCUGCAAGAGCCUGGGCCUCAACCUGACCAAGUUUACCCAGUAUGAUGAGAACACAUGGACGGAAGUGAACGACAUAAAGCUGCGCAACUACGUGGUAGAGAAGAUGCCCGAGAAGCUGGGCUACGCCCUGAGCAUGGCAGAGAAGGGCCACUCGCCAGAGGACAUCUACCAGAUGGCUCUCAACAGGGCCGUCAAAGAUCUCAGGAUUCUGGGCUGCAGAAAGACGAUGCAAAAGUAUGAACGGCUCACGCUCCUGGAAUACCUGCUUGGGGAGGGCAACCUGAGCCAGGCGGCCGUGCAGCUUCUGGGAGACGUCAUGUCCAAGGACGGCUUCUUCUACCUCAGCUUCGCCGAGGCUUUGAGGUCCCACAGCUGCCUCAGCGACCGGCUCCGGUACAACCGCAUCGUGGGCGGCUGGGACCUGCUGCCGCGCGCCCUGCUGAGCUCGCUGUCGGGGCCCGUGCUGCUGAACGCGCCCGUCAUGGCAGUGUCUCAGGGGUCGCACGAAGUGCGCGUGCACAUCGCGACUUCGCGCCAGUCGCGGAGCCUGAAGGAGCUGACCUCCGACGUGGUGCUGCUGACGACGACCGGGCCGGCGCUGCAGCGCAUCUCCUUCUCGCCGCCGCUGUCCCGCAAGCGACAGGAGGCGCUGCGCGCGCUGCACUACGUGCCGGCCACCAAGGUGUUCCUGAGCUUCCGCCGGCCCUUCUGGCACAGCGAGCACAUCGAAGGCGGCCACUCGAACACGGACCGCGCGUCCCGCCUGAUAUUCUACCCGCCGCCGGGGGAGGGCGCGCUGCUGCUGGCCUCGUACACGUGGUCGGACGCCGCCGCGCCGUUCGCGGGCCUGGGCCUGAGCGAGACGCUGCACUUGGUGCUCAAGGACGUGGCGGCGCUGCACGGGCCCGUGGUGUACCGGCUCUGGGACGGCACCGGCGUCGUCAAACGCUGGGGUGAGGACCCGCACAGCCAGGGCGGCUUCGUGAUGCAGCCGCCUUUGCUCUGGCCGACGGACACAAACGGGCCGCUCUACGACUGGGCCGUGCCCUAUGGCCGCGUCUACUUCGCUGGUGAGCACACGACCUACCCACACGGCUGGGUAGAGACAUCCGUCAAGUCGGCGCUGCGCGCCGCCAUGAAGAUCAACAGCCGGGAGUGGUUUGGGCACACGGUGGCCACGAAGGAGGGGCAUGAGUUGUUUGGGCACACGGUGGCCACGAAGGAGGGGCUUGAGUCUGGGCACCCGGAGCCCAACCGGGAGGGCAACGUACCUGGACACUCAGACGUCAACCAGGAGAGCCACGGACUCGAGCACUUACAGGAAAUGGGCGACCUGGGGGAGUUCCCCGGGAGUGGAGACCACAUGGAGCCCUCGAACCCGGAAGCCGGCCACUCCUCAUGCAGAGGAUCUAAGGAAGACGAUGCCCAUCCUGACAUCCGUCCUGCCCCCCCGCGCUUCCUGUCCCUCCCCCGCACCACCCACAGGAAGCGCCUACAAUGA